CCUAUAUUCAAAACAGCCCAUUUAGUGGGACUAAUUAAGAACUUUACACAAAUUUCCAUUCAAACAAAAACCUGUUCAUUGGUGCCACAAAAUUCCAAAGAGGGAACCAAUUUUCUGCAAUGUCUUGUUCUCUUGCGUAUUUGAAACUACAAACUCAAGAAAGUGAACUUCUAUUCCAACCCUUUUUAUAUGUCUUCCAAUUCCAAACUCGUGCAUUAUAAAACAUAGAACCAAUCCCCAUUUAAUUUGUAUUCUAAAAGUGAAUCAUACAUACAGAACAAUAUUCUGACUUGGUAUAAUUUCUAAGAGGAAAAUGGAAAUGGUUACUUUGAGACCAAUGGAAAGAACAAUGAGCUUCAAGAAAGGAAGAAACUUUGAUGAGUUUUAUGAACCCCAAAGGAAUGAUUUGGAUGAAGAUGAAGUUGUUAAUUCUGAAGAAUCUACAACAUGCUUGAAGAGAAGAAAAGUUGGGAACUUGAAACUUCAAACCACAUUCUCAUUCAAGUACUUAUUACUCCCAUCAGAGAAUCAUUGUGAUGAUUCAAAAAAUGAGAAUAGAGUUGGAGGUGGUGGUGGUGGCAUUAUUGUAAAUAAUAAUGAGCAAAAACCAACAAUUUUGGUCCCAAAAUCAGAAUUUUGGUUCUCAUCAUCACCAAGGCCAAUUAGGGAGCUUGAUGUUGCUGCAAUAAAGCUUCAGAAAGUUUAUAAGAGUUACAGAACCAGAAGAAAUCUUGCAGAUUGUGCUGUUAUUUGUGAAGAGCUAUGGUGGAAAGCUUUGGACUUUGCUGCUCUGAAUCGAUGCUCAAUCUCACACUUUGACUCUGAUAAAUCGGAAACAGCUGUUUCAAAAUGGGCAAGGGCUAGGACCAUGGCUGCUAAGGUGGGAAAGGGUUUAUGCAAAGAUGAUAAGGCGCAAAAAUUGGCUCUAAGGCACUGGCUUGAAGCUUUGCAGAAAGAGAGGGAGGCAUAUGAAGUAACUCUGAAUAGAGGGAAGCUUAUUUAUAGAAAAAGCCAAGAGCUUGUUCACACUGCUGAGGGAUCAAAGUGGAUAUUUGUUCUUAGUUCAUCAAGAAUUUUGUAUGUUGGUGAGAAGAAAAAAGGUCAAUUUCAGCAUUCAAGUUUUCUAGCUGGUGGUGCAACAAUUGCAUCUGGAAGAAUGGUUGUCCACAAUGGAGUUCUCCAUGCUAUUUGGCCCUAUAGUGGUCAUUACCGCCCUACAGAGAAGAAUUUCAAGGAAUUCAUAGGAUUCUUGAUGGAACAUAAUGUGGACAUGACAAAUGUAAAGAAAUAUGCAAUUGAUGAUGAUGUCCCACCUUCUACACCUCAAUUUAAGUCCAAAGAAGGAAAUGUUGAUUCAAGUGAUGACUCAUCCAAUGGCAACAAUAAUUGUAAUAAUCAAGAAAAUGUGGGUCAUUUUGGUACCAAUGUUGAAGAUUCAAAACCCAAAGAUAGCAAGAAUUUAUUGGGUAAUAAAUGGACCACAGGAGUUGGUCCUAGAAUUGGUUGUGUGAGAGAAUACCCUCCUAAUCUCCAAGUUAGGGCACUUGAACAACUCAAUUUUUCACCAAGAGUCAACCAUGGAAAGUUUGACCUUAAAGCUCCAAUUCCAUCUCCAAGACCAAGUCCAAAAGUUCAUCUAUCCCCUAGACUUGCACAAAUGGGUCUUCCAAGCCCAAGGGUAAAUGCUACUCCCAUAAAUUAAUUUCGAUUCGCGACAGAUUAGUUCUUAAUUUGUCGGAUUGAAAAAUAUUGUAGAAAACCAAAAAAAUUAGUUCCUAACUUCUAUAUAUGUUAGGAUUUCACAUUAUGUGAUUCAUCAUUUUUGAGGCAUAAUGUGAUCAAUAACCAUCUUCUAAUUUGGACCAUAAGAUUUAGUACAGAAAAAUAGGAUCAUAAAUCUUAUACAACACAGGAUCUAACCACACAAGAUUUAUUUUUUCCUUUAUUUAUUUAUUUUUAUUUUGAUGGUCCAAGAUUUUUUUAUUUGGUUUUUUCUUGGCCAGUUGUUUUGGUCAUUCGGCUUCUACUGUAUCAUUUUUCCCCUUCUCCCCAAAUUGUAUUGUAGGAGGUGGGUUAAUCUUCCAUACUUGUAAGCCAAUUAAUAAUUUAAUAUAUGUAAAUUACUUUUCUCUCA